CGCAGUCCCCAUGCUGCGCGCCGCUUCGCGAGCAGUGAACCGCGCCGCGGUCCGCUGUGCUGCGCGUAGCCCGGCCCGGUCAGGCUCUCCGCGCCGCUUCGCCAUGUCCGGGCUUCAGCCGCAGCCGGCCGCCGCGGGCGCCCCGGCCCGGCCCGCCACGGUGCUGGGCACCAUGGAGAUGGGGCGCCGCAUGGACGCGCCCGCCAGCGCGGCCUCGGUGCGCGCCUUCCUGGAGCGCGGCCACACGGAGCUGGACACGGCCUUCAUGUACUGCGGCGGCCAGUCCGAGGCCAUCCUGGGCGGCCUGGGGCUCGGGCUGGGCGGCGGCGACUGCACAGUGAAAAUUGCCACCAAGGCCAACCCUUGGGAGGGAAAGUCCCUGAAACCUGACAGUGUCCGGUCCCAGCUGGAGACGUCACUGAAGCGGCUGCAGUGUCCCCGAGUGGAUCUCUUCUACUUGCAUGCACCAGACCAUGGUACCCCUGUGGAGGAGACACUGCGGGCCUGCCACCAGCUGCACCAGGAGGGCAAGUUUGCGGAGCUUGGCCUCUCCAACUACGCCUCCUGGGAAGUGGCGGAGAUCUGUACGCUCUGCAAGAGCAAUGGCUGGAUUAUGCCCACUGUGUAUCAGGGAAUGUACAACGCCACCACUCGACAGGUGGAAACAGAGCUCUUCCCCUGCCUCAGACACUUUGGACUGAGGUUCUAUGCCUACAACCCUUUGGCUGGUGGUCUUCUGACAGGCAAGUACAAGUAUGAAGACAAGGACAGCAAGAAGCCUGAGGGCCGCUUCUUCGGGAAUAGCUGGGCCGAGACCUACAGGAACCGCUUCUGGAAGGAGGACCACUUCAAGGCCAUCGCCCUGGUGGAGAAGGCCCUGCAGGCCGCCUAUGGCCCCAGUGCCCCCAGCAUGACCUCAGCCGCCCUGCGGUGGAUGUACCACCACUCCCAGCUGCAGGCUGCCCACGGGGAUGCGGUCAUCCUGGGCAUGUCCAGCCCAGAGCAGCUGAACCAGAACUUGGCAGCCACUGAGCAAGGGCCCCUGGAGCCGGCUGUUGUGGAAGCCUUUGAUCGAGCCUGGCACCUGGUUGCCCACGAGUGUCCCAACUACUUCCGCUAGAUGAUGACAUCUAAACAGUAUUUUUCUAAAUUUGGGCCCUGCUCCUAGCUGCCUUCAGAACAUAGAAAGGAUGAAACCAAGUCCUACACUAGCAUUUCCUGUCCAAAUAAAGCAAGCACCUGGCCGGUCUCA